AUGAUGGGAGGCAGAAACAAUGGGAAGUAUGUGAGGAACCCUUGUCUGACGAUGCACCAACCAUGGGCUUCUCUACUUGUUCAAGGCAUCAAGCGUAUUGAAGGCAGGUCUUGGGCUGCUCCUAUCAGAGUUGUCAAGAAAACUCAGGAAAGAAACCAUGUGGGCGGUGGGCAGAUUGGUUGGACAGAAGGACGACUCUGGAUUCAUGCUGCUGGUAAGGUUCCAGAUGAUGCUACCAUUAAAGCUAUGGAGGAUUUUUACCGGGAAAUAUAUGCAUUAAAUGGAAUUAUCAAUCUCAAGUUCCCAGACCAUUAUCCAGUUUCAAGACUUAUAGGUAUUUCUGAUCUUGUACGGUUCUAUGUUUUUCAGAUACUUUUCUCUUUGACUCUGUUUUUGUUUCAUGCCAGAUUGUGGAUUGUAUGGGAAUUAAUAUGGGUUUAG